UCUCGGUUUCCUGGGUUACCUGAGGGGGCGGGGGUGGGGACUUGGCGGCGACGGCGGCCAGGACUAGGCGGGAUUCUCCCGGUGCAGGCGGAGCGGGCUGCGACCGCGGAGUCAGCCACAGAGCAGGUGAAAGAAUACUUUUUUCAAAUGGCUUAUGAGCCCAACUCAAACAGACUCUAAAUGUUACAGAAGUUUUGAAAGACUGCUCGGUCAUGAGCACCGACAGUAACUCAUUGGCGCGUGAAUUUCUGACUGAUGUCAACCGGCUUUGCAAUGCAGUGGUUCAGAAGGUGGAGGCCAGGGAGGAAGAAGAGGAGACACACAUGGCAACCCUUGGACAAUACCUCGUCCAUGGUCGGGGAUUUCUGUUACUUACCAAACUAAAUUCCAUCAUUGACCAGGCAUUGACAUGUAGAGAAGAGCUCUUGACUCUUCUCCUCUCACUCCUUCCACUGGUAUGGAAGAUACCUGUUCAGGAGGAAAAGGCAACAGAUUUUAAUCUACCAUUGUCAGCUGAUAUAAUCCUGACCAAAGAAAAGAGUUCAAGUUCACAGAAGUCUACUCAGGAAAAGUUACAUUUAGAAGGAAGUGCCCCAUCUGGUCAGGUUUCUGCAAAAGCAAACAUCGUUCGAAAGAGCAGAAGACAGCGUAAGGUCACACAUCGAUAUUCUGUAAGAGAUGCAAGAAAGACACAACUCUCCACCUCAGAUUCAGAAGCUAACUCAGAUGAAAAAACUAUAGCAACGAGUAAGCACAGAAGGCCCCAUCUGCUACAGCAUUUUGUAACACAGAUUCCUAAAGAUGACUACCUUGCAGUCAAGUUUGACCACUUAGCAACCAAAGAAGAGCAGACUCCUGAUUCAGUGGCUUUGGAUAACUCCGGAGAGAUUAUUUCAGAACAGGAGUCAAACGCCAUCAUUUUAAGUGAGCCAGCUGCCUUGCCUAUUACCAAUAACAUGAACAACUCUCCAUUUGACUUAUGUCAUGUUUUGUUAUCUUUAUUAGAAAAAGUUUGUAAAUUUGACAUGACCUUGAAUCGUAAUUCUGCUCUAGCAGCCAGUGUAGUGCCCACAUUGACUGAAUUCCUAACAGGCUUUGGGGAUUGCUGUAAUCAGCAUGACAAUUUGGAAAGUCUAGUGGUUUCUACAGGUUGGAGUGAAGAACCAGUAGCUUUGAUUCAACGGAUGCUCUAUAGAACGGUGUUACAUCUUAUGUCAGUAGAUAUUAAUACUGCAGAGAUUAUGCCAGAAAGUCUUAGAAAAAAUUUGACUGAAUUGCUUAGGGCAGCUUUAAAGAUGAAAACUUGCCUAGAAAAGCAACCUGACCCUUUUGCACCAAGACAAAAAAAAACACUACAGGAGGUUCAAGAAGACUUUGUAUUUUCAAAAUAUCGUCAUAGAUCCCUUCUUUUACCUGAACUUUUAGAAGGAGUUCUACGGAUCCUGAUCUGUUGUCUUCAAAGUGCAGCUUCAAAUCCCUUAUACUUCAGUCAAGCCAUGGAUUUGGUUCAAGAAUUCAUUCAGCAUCAUGGGCUUAACUUAUUUGAAACGGCAGUUCUUCAAAUGGAAUGGCUGCUUUUAAGAGACGGAGUUCCUCCUGAAACCUCAGAACAUUUGAAAACACUCAUAAAUAGUGUAAUGAAAAUCAUGAGCACUGUCAAAAAAGUAAAAUCAGAGCAGCUGCAUCAUUCGAUGUGUACAAGGAAAAGGCACAGGCGCUGUGAGUAUUCUCACUUCAUGCAUCACCACCGGGAUCUCUCAGGUCUUCUGGUUUCAGCUUUUAAAAAUCAGGUUUCCAAAAGCCCGUUUGAAGAGACUGCAGAUGGAGAUGUUUAUUAUCCUGAACGCUGCUGUUGUAUUGCAGUGUGUGCUCACCAGUGCUUACGCUUAGUACAGCAGGCUUCCUUAAGCAGUACUUGUGUCCAGAUUCUUUCAGGCAUUCAUAACGUUGGGAUAUGCUGUUGUAUGGAUCCCAGAUCUGUUAUUAUCCCUUUGCUACAUGCUUUUAAAUUGCCAGCACUGAAAAAUUUUCAGCAGCAUAUAUUGAAUAUCCUCAGCAAACUUAUUUUGGAACAAUUAGGAGGAGCGGAAAUAGCACAAAAAAUUAAAAAAGCAACUUGCAGCAUUUGUACUGUUGACUCUGACCAACUAGCCAAAUUAGAAGAGAAAUUACAGAGAAGCUCCCAUGAUGCUCUGUCUUCUUCAGGUUUAUCCAGCCCUUCUUACAGAUCUCAAGGGAUCCUACCCAGCAGUGGAUCUGAAGACUUACUAUGGAAGUGGGAUGCUUUGGAGGCUUAUCAGAACUUUGUUUUUGAGGAAGACAGGUUACAUAACAUACAGAUUGCAAAUCACAUUUGCAGUUUAAUCCAAAAAGGCAAUAUAGUUGUUCAGUGGAAAUUAUAUAAUUACAUAUUUAAUCCUGUACUCCAGAGAGGAGUUGAAUUAGCACAUCACUGUCAACAUCUAAGUGUUACUUCUGCUCGAACUCAUACAUGUAGCCAUCAUAAGCAGUGUUUGCCUCAGGAAGUGCUGCAGAUUUAUUUGAAAACUCUGCCUAUCCUGCUGAAAUCCAGGGUUCUUCGAGAUUUAUUUUUAAGUUGCAAUGGAGUAAAUCAAAUAAUUGAAUUAAAUUACUUAGAUGGUACUCGAAGUCAUUCCCUGAAAGCGUUUGAAACUCUGAUAACCAGCUUAGGGGAGCAGCAGAAAGAUUCUUCCAUUGCAAGUACUGAACAGAUAGAGCUGCCGUCCUUAAAUGUAGGAACUACUUUUCAAAACCUGCAAGCUUAUCCAGACUCUCCUCGGAGCCUCAGCAAAUUUUAUGCCAGCCUCAAAGAAGCUUAUCCAACGAAACACAAACCAGUUAACCAGGAUAUGCAUCUCAACACUAUAAACCUAUUCCUCUGUGUGGCGUUUUUAUGUGUCAGUAAAGAAGCAGAGUCUGAUAGAGAGCCUGCCAAUGAUUCAGAAGAUACUUCUGGCUAUGACAGUACAGCCAGUGAGCCUUUAAGUCAUGUCCUGCCAUGUUUAGCUCUUGAGAGCCUUGUCCUGCCUUCUCCUGAACGUAUGCACCAAGCAGCAGAUAUUUGGUCAAUGUGUCGUUGGAUCUACAUGUUGAAUUCAGUCUUCCAGAAACAGUUUUAUAGGCUUGGUGGUUUCCAGGUAUGCCAUAAAUUAAUAUUUGUGAUAAUAAAGAAACUAUUCAGAAAUCCUGAGGAAGAACAGGGAAGAAGGCAAAGAGUUCUAAGUGCAAAUGAAAAGCAAGAUAUAAAUAAAAUUUCCCAACCUGAUAUAACUUCAAAGGAAGAUUUAUUGACUAUAAAAAAUGAUCCUAUACCAUCAGAACUGGGGAUUUCAGAAAAAAGUGCUGACAGUUUAGAUAAAUUAGGUUCACAGCAGAUUUCUUCCAUGAAUUUGGAGCAAAUUUCAGCGGCUGAAGCUGCUUAUGGAGAAGUAAAGGCAUUUAUCAACCAAGAAAGAGAGACUUUACUUCAGAGUAUACGACUUUUGGAAGCUCUUCUGGCCAUUUGUCUUCAUGGUGCCAGAACUAGUCAACAAAAGAUGGAAUUGGAGUUAUCUAAUCAGGACUUUUCAGUGGAAAAUAUUUUGUUGGAAAUGAGGGACCAUCUUUCCCAGUCAAAGGUGAUUGAAACAGAAUUAGCAAAGCCUUUGCUUGAUGCUCUGCUUCGAGUUGCUGUGGGGAAUCAUUCAACAGAUUUUGAAAAUAAUGAUACUUUGACUGAGCAGAGUCAUCCAUCUGAGGAGGAAACGCCAUCUCAGCCUGGGGAAUUUUCAGAGGCGGCUGAGGCUUCUCAGUGCUGCAGUUUCGGACUUGUGGUUGAAGAAGAAGGUUACGAAGCAGACAGUGAAAGCAAUCCAGAGGAUGGCGAAGCCCAGGAUGAUGGGCUAAACUUAAAACCUGAAGCAGAAGGUUUCAGUACGUCAAUCAGUCCAAAUGACUUACUUGAAAAUAUUAACCAAGGGGAAAUAAUAUAUCCUGAAAUUUGUAUGCUAGAGCUAAGUUUACUUUCUGGUAGUAAAGCUAAACUUGAUGUGCUCGCCCAUGUAUUUGAGAGUUUUUUGAAAAUUAUCAGGCAGAAAGAAAAGAAUAUUUUCCUGCUCAUGCAACAGGGAACUGUGAAAAAUCUUUUAGGAGGGUUCUUGAGUAUUUUAACACAGACUGAUUCAGAUUUUCAAGCAUGCCAGAGAGUAUUGGUGGAUCUUUUAGUAUCUUUGAUGAGUUCAAGAACAUGUUCAGAAGAGCUAAUCCUUCUUUUGAGAAUAUUUCUGGAGAAAUCUCCUUGUACAGAAAUUCUUCUUCUGGGUCUUCUGAAAAUUGUUGAAAGUGAUAUUAUUAUGAGUCCUUCACAAUAUCUAACCUUCCCUUUACUGCAUACCCCAAGUAUGGGUAAUGGUGUUCCUUCACAAAAGUGUCCUGGGAUUCUAAACAGUAAGGCCAUGGGGUUACUGAGAAGAGCGCGACUUUCACGAAGCAAGAAAGAGACCAAUAGAGAAAGUUUUCCCCAUCGGUUGCUUUCUUCUUGGCACAUAGCCCCAGUCCACUUGCCGUUACUGGGGCAAAACUGCUGGCCACACCUAUCAGAAGGUUUCAGCAUUUCGUUGUGGUUUAAUGUGGAAUGUAUUCAUGAAUCAGACCAUACCAUAGAAAGAAGAAUGAAGAUAAAGAAAAGAAACAAAUCAUUAAUUUUACAAGACAGCAGUUUUGAUGGAACAGACAAUGACAGACCAGAAAGUGCAGAGUACACGCAUCCUGGCGAAAGACUGAUAGAAGAAGGCUGUAUUCAUAUCAUUUCACUGGGAUCCAAAGCAUUGAUGAUCCAAGUGUGGGCUGAUCCCCGUAUUGGCACUUUUAUUUUUCGUGUGUGCGUGGACUCAAAUGAUGACAUGAAGGCUGUGUCACUAGCACAGGCUGAAUCUCAGGAGAAUGCUUUCCUUCCAAGUAAAUGGCAACAUUUAGUACUCACCUAUUUACAGCAGCCCCAAGGCAAAAAGAACAUCCAUGGGAAUAUCUCCAUAUGGGUGUCUGGACAGAGAAAGUCUGACAUCCCUUUGGAUUUUGUGCUUCCAAGAAAAACAAGUUUGUCAUCUGAUAGCAAUAAAACAUUUUGCAUGAUUGGACAUUGUUUAUCAUCCCAGGAAGAGUUUUUACAGUUGACUGGAAAAUGGGACCUGGGAAAUUUGCUCCUCUUUAAUGGAGCCAGGAUUGGUUCUCAGGAGGCCUUUUAUCUGUUUGCUUGUGGACCCAACCAUACAUCUCUCAUGCCUUGUAAAUAUGGCAAGCCACUCAAUGACUACUCCAGGUACAUUAAUAAAGAAAUUUUACGAUGUGAACAAAUCAGGCAACUUUUUAUGACCAAGAAGGACAUGGACAUUGGUCUCCUAAUUGAAAGUCUUUCCAUUGUCUAUACAACUUACUGUCCUGCUCAGUAUACCAUCUAUGAGCCAGUGAUUAGACUUAAAGGGCAAAUGAAAACUCAACUCUCUCAAAGACCCUUCAGCUCCAAAGAAGUACAGAGCAUCUUAUUAGAACCUCAUUUUCUAAAAAAUCUCCAGCCUACAGAAUGUAAAACUAUUCAAGGCAUUCUGCAUGAGAUUGGUGGAACUGGUAUAUUUGUUUUUCUCUUUGCUAGGGUUGUUGAACUCAGCAGCUGUGAAGAAACUCAAGCACUAGCACUGCGAGUGCUACUCUCAUUAAUUAAAUACAACCACCAGAGAGUACAUGAGUUAGAAAAUUGUAAUGGACUUUCCAUGAUCCAUCAGGUGUUGAUGAAACAAAAAUGUGUAGUUGGUUUUCACAUUUUGAAGACCCUUCUUGAAGGUUGCUGUGGUGAAGAAAUUAUUCAUAUCAAUGAAAAUGGAGAGUUUAAGUUGGAUGUAGAAUCUAAUGCAAUAAUCCAAGAUACUAAACUCUUAGAAGAGCUGUUGCUCGACUGGAAGAUAUGGAACAAAGCAGAGCCAGGUGUCUGGGAAACUCUGCUAACAGCUCUAGAAGUCCUCAUCCGAGCAGAACACAGUCAACAGAGAUUUAAUAUUAAGCAGUUAUUGAAAGCUCAAGUGGUUCAUCGCUUUCUGCUGACUUGUCAGGUUUUGCAGGAACACAAAGAGGGGCAGCUUACAUCUUUGCCCCGAGAGGUUUGUAGAUCAUUUGUGAAAAUUAUAGCAGAAGUCCUUGGAUCUCCUCCAGAUCUGGAAUUAUUGACAAUUAUCUUCAAUUUCCUUUUAGCAGUCCACCCUCCUACUAAUACUUAUGUUUGUCACAACCCCACAAAUUUCUAUUUUUCUUUGCAUAUAGAUGGCAAGAUCUUUCAAGAGAAAGUGCAGUCAAUCAUGUACUUGAGACAUUCCAGCAGCGGAGGGAGACCUCCUGUUAAUCCUGGAUUUAUGGUAGUAAGCCCAUCUGAUUUUACUGCUUCACCACCUGAAGGAAACAAUCCCUCCAAUGUUAUUCCACAACAAAUGGCUGCCCAUAUGUUGCGUUCUAAAAGUCUGCCAGCAUUUCCUACUUCACCACUAACACACCCACGAAAAUUGACUGGAAGUUUGGGCUGUAGUAUUGACAAGUUACAAAAUAUAGCAGAUACUUAUGUUGCUGCUCAACUAGAGAAGCAGAAUGCUUUGGAGAGUUCUGGCACACUGAAAAAAGGCAAAGAGGAAGCAUUUAUCAGUAGCUGUGAGUCUGCAAAAACUGUUUGUGAAAUGGAAGCUAUCCUCUCAGCGCAUGCCUCUGUCAGUGGUGUCCAAACAGGAACCCAGGGACUUCCAGGAGUCAAAGCAGAUCAUAAAGAGUUGGGAACAGAGCCCGGAUUUGAUGAUGACAGUCCUGGGGAUGGGUCCAACCUGCGUCGACCUGAUUACUUAAAGGGACUGGCCUCUUUCCAGCGAAGCCACAGCAGUAUUGCAAGCCUUGGGUUAGCUUUUCCUUCACAGAAUGGAUCCGCAGCUGUUGGCCGUUGGCCAAGUCUUGCUGAUAGGAACACCGAUGACUGGGAAGAUUUUGCCUUUUCCCUUGGUUAUGAACCAAACUACAACCGAAAUGCAAGUGCUCAAAGUGUAACUGAAGACUGUUUGGUACCUAUAUGCUGUGGGUUAUAUGAACUCUUAAGUGGACUUCUUCUCAUCCUGCCUGAUAUUAUGCUUGAAGAUGUGAUGGACAAGCUUAUUCAAGCAGAUACACUUUUAGUCCUCGUUAACCACCCAUCACCAGCUAUACAACAAGGAGUUAUUAAACUAUUAGAAGCGUAUUUUAAUAGAGCAUCUAAGGAACAAAAAGAUAAAUUCCUGAAGAAUCGUGGUUUUUCCUUGCUUGCCAACCAGUUGUAUCUUCACCGGGGAACUCAGGAAUUAUUGGAGUGCUUCAUUGAAAUGUUCUUUGGUCGGCGCAUUGGCCUUGAUGAAGAAUUUGAUCUGGAAGAUGUGAAAAAUAUGGACCUUUUUCAGAAGUGGUCUGUCAUUCCUAUUCUAGGACUAAUAGAGACCUCUCUAUAUGACAAUAUGCUCUUACAUAAUGCUCUUUUACUUCUGCUUCAAAUUUUGAAUUCUUGUUCUAAGGUAGCAGAUAUGUUGUUGGAUAAUGGUCUACUCUAUGUGUUAUGCAAUACAGUGGCAGCCCUGAAUGGAUUAGAAAAGAACAUUCCUUUGAAGGAAUACAAAUUGCUUGCUUGUGAUAUACAGCGACUUUUCAUUGCGGUUACAAUUCAUGCAUGCAGUUCCUCUGGCCCACAGUAUUUUAGAGUUAUUGAAGACCUUGUUGUAUUGCUUGGAUAUCUCCAAAAUAGCAAAAACAAGAGUACUCAAAAUAUGGCUAUUGCACUACAGCUCAGACUUCUUCAGGCUGCUAUGGAAUUUAUAAGGACCACUGCAAAUCAUGAUGCUGAAAACCUUACAGAGUCAUUCCAGGCAACUUCUCCCCAUCAUGCAGGACUUCAGAAGCGGAAAAGCAUUGCUGGGCCUCGAAAAUUUCCCCUAACUCAGACUGAAUCCCUGAUGAUGAAAAUGCGUUCAGUAGCAAGUGAUGAGCUUCAUAUGAUGAUGCAACGGAGAAUGAGCCAAGAGAGCCCUAGCCAGGCAACUGAAACGGAGCUGGCCCAGAGAUUGCAGAGACUCACUGUCUUAGCAGUCAACAGGAUUAUUUAUCAAGAGUUUAAUUCAGACAUUGUUGACAUUUUGAGAACUCCAGAAAAUGCAACCCAAUGCAAGAGCUCCGAUUGCCAGACUGAAAUUACUGAAGAAAAUAUUCACCAUGAACAGCCCUCUGGUGUCAAUCCAUUUCAGAAAGAAAUGUUCACAUAUCUGAUAGAAGGAUUCAAAGUAUCUAUUGCUUCAAGUAAAACCAGUGCUUCUAAGCAGCAGUGGACUAAAAUCCUAUGCUCUUGCAAGGAAACCUUCCGCAUGCAGCUUGGUAGAUUACUAGUGCAUAUUUUGUCACCAACCCAUACUGCACAACAGAGAAAACAAAUUUUUGAAAUAGUUCAUGAACCAAAUCAUCAGGAAAUACUACGAGACUGUCUCAUCCCAUCCCUGCAACAUGGAGCCAAGUUAGUUUUAUAUUUGUCAGAACUGAUGCAUAACCACCAAGAUGAAUUGACUGAAGAUGAACUCGACACAGCAGAACUGCUUAUGAGUGCCUUAAAACUGUGUGGUCACAAGUGCAUCCCUCCCAGUGCAUCCACCAAACCAGACCUUCUUAAAAUGAUCAAAGAGGAACAAAAAAAAUAUGAAACUGAAGAAGGUGUAAGUAAAGCCUCCUGGCAGAGAACAGUGAAUAAUAAUCAACAAAGUCUUUUUCAGCGUCUGGAUUCAAAAUCGAAGGAUAUAUCUAAAAUAGCUGCAGAUAUCACCCAGGCAGUAUCACUCUCCCAAGGGAUUGAGAGAAAAAAGGUGAUACAACAUAUCAGAGGAAUGUAUAAAGUAGACUUGAGUGCCAGCAGACAUUGGCAGGAACUUAUUCAACAAUUGACACAUGAUAGAGCAGUCUGGUAUGACCCAAUCUACUAUCCAGCCUCAUGGCAGUUGGAUCCAACAGAAGGACCAAACCGAGAGAGGAGACGUUUACAGAGGUGUUACUUAACUAUUCCAAAUAAGUAUCUCCUUAGGGAUAGACAGAAAUCAGAAGAGGCGAUCAAACCACCACUUUCUUACCUAUUUGAAGACAAAACACAUUCUUCUUUCUCUUCUACUGUCAAAGACAAAGCUGCAAGUGAAUCUAUAAGAGUAAAUCGAAGAUGUAUCAGUGUAGCACCAUCUAGAGAGACAGCUGGUGAAUUGUUAUUAGGUAAAUGUGGAAUGUAUUUUGUGGAAGAUAAUGCUUCUGAUACAAUUGAAAGUUCGAACCUUCAGGGAGAGUUGGAACCAGCAUCAUUUUCCUGGACAUAUGAAGAAAUUAAAGAAGUUCACAAGCGUUGGUGGCAGUUGAGAGAUAAUGCUGUGGAAAUCUUUUUAACAAAUGGCAGAACACUCCUAUUAGCAUUUGAUAACACUAAGAUUCGUGACGAUGUGUACCACAGUAUACUCACAAAUAACCUCCCAAAUCUUCUGGAAUAUGGUAAUAUCACUGCUCUGACAAAUUUGUGGUAUGCUGGACAAAUUACCAACUUUGAGUAUUUGACUCACUUAAACAAACAUGCUGGCCGAUCCUUCAAUGAUCUCAUGCAGUAUCCAGUGUUCCCAUUUAUACUCGCUGACUAUGUGAGUGAGACCCUUGACCUCAAUGAUCCAUCAAUCUACAGAAAUCUCUCUAAGCCUAUAGCUGUGCAGUAUAAAGAAAAAGAAGAUCGUUACGUGGACACAUAUAAGUACUUGGAGGAGGAGUACCGCAAAGGUGCCAGGGAGGACGACCCCAUGCCGCCCGUGCAGCCAUAUCACUACGGCUCCCACUAUUCCAACAGCGGCACCGUGCUUCACUUCCUGGUUAGAAUGCCUCCUUUCACCAAAAUGUUUUUAGCCUAUCAAGAUCAAAGUUUUGACAUUCCAGACAGAACUUUUCAUUCUACAAAUACGACUUGGCGCCUCUCCUCUUUUGAAUCCAUGACUGAUGUGAAGGAACUUAUCCCGGAGUUUUUCUAUCUUCCAGAGUUUCUAGUUAACCGUGAAGGUUUUGAUUUUGGUGUACGUCAGAAUGGUGAACGAGUGAAUCAUGUCAACCUGCCCCCUUGGGCACGUAACGAUCCUCGUCUUUUUAUCCUCAUCCAUCGGCAGGCUCUGGAGUCUGACUAUGUGUCCCAGAACAUCUGUCAGUGGAUUGAUUUGGUGUUUGGGUAUAAACAAAAGGGGAAAGCUUCUGUCCAAGCCAUCAAUGUUUUCCAUCCUGCUACGUAUUUUGGAAUGGAUGUCUCAGCAGUUGAAGAUCCAGUUCAGAGACGCGCACUAGAAACCAUGAUAAAAACCUAUGGGCAAACUCCUCGUCAGCUCUUCCACACAGCCCAUGCAAACAGACCUGGAGCAAAACUCAACAUUGAAGGAGAACUCCCAGCUGCUGUGGGGUUGUUAGUGCAGUUUGCUUUCAGGGAGACUCGAGAACAAGUCAAAGAAAUUACUUAUCCGAGUCCUUUGUCAUGGAUAAAAGGCUUGAAAUGGGGGGAGUAUGUAGGUUCACCAAGUGCUCCAGUACCUGUGAUCUGCUUCAGCCAGCCCCAUGGAGAAAGGUUUGGUUCCCUCCAGGCUCUGCCCACCAGAGCAAUCUGUGGUUUAUCCCAAAAUUUCUGUCUUCUUAUGACGUACAGCAAGGAGCAAGGUGUGAGAAGCAUGAACAGCACUGACAUUCAGUGGUCAGCCAUUCUGAGUUGGGGUUAUGCUGAUAACAUUCUGAGGCUGAAGAGUAAGCAAAGUGAGCCUCCAAUAAACUUUAUACAAAGUUCACAACAAUACCAGGUGACUAGUUGUGCCUGGGUGCCUGACAGUUGCCAGCUGUUUACCGGGAGCAGAUGUGGUGUUAUCACAGCCUAUACCAACAGAUUCACCAGCAGUACGCCAUCCGAGCUAGAAAUGGAGACCCAGAUCCACCUCUAUGGGCACACAGAAGAGAUAACUAGCCUGUUUGUUUGUAAACCGUACAGUAUUAUGAUAAGUGUGAGCAGAGAUGGAACCUGCAUCAUAUGGGAUCUGAACAGGCUGUGCUAUGUGCAAAGUCUCACAGGACACAAAAGCCCAGUCACUGCUGUGUCUGCUAGUGAAACGUCAGGUGACAUUGCCACGGUGUGUGACUCAGCUGGCGGAGGCAGUGACCUCAGGCUGUGGACAGUGAAUGGGGACCUAGUUGGACAUGUCCACUGCAGGGAGAUCAUUUGUUCCGUUGCUUUCUCCAACCAACCUGAGGGAGUAUCUAUCAAUGUCAUUGCUGGAGGUUUGGAAAAUGGAAUUGUAAGGUUAUGGAGUACAUGGGACUUAAAGCCUGUGAGAGAAAUUACAUUUCCCAAGUCAAAUAAACCUAUCAUAAGUCUUACCUUUUCUUGCGAUGGGCACCAUUUAUACACGGCCAACAGUGAUGGCACUGUGAUUGCCUGGUGUCGGAAGGACCAGCAGCGCCUGAAACAGCCAAUGUUCUAUUCCUUCCUUAGCAGCUAUGCAGCUGGAUGAAGGUGAGAGAACACGACACUUUCCAAAGCACUGUAACUCCAAACUAGAUUUGUUGACCUCACCCAUUGCAAGACAUGGAACCUGAAAAAAUGGAUGAGCAAAAAGACCAUCUAGACAAUGGUAAAAUGUCUUCAUCUGUGCAAAAUUCUAAAGCUCAGGUGGUCCGAGAGGAAAGUUCUGUUCUAGUUUAGUGAUAAUCUAGAAGACUGUAACAGUAUGCACUGAACAAGUUUGAAAUCUUGCAUGGUAAAUUAAGGUCAUUCUGAGUUUUUUGUGCCACGUAAGUAUUCUGAAGAAAAAACUAAAGUCUCCCUUUUUCUGUUAUUCCAAGAGGGCCAGUAGAAUUUCAGUUAAUCAGCUAAUUGUUUCUAGAAAAUAUCCUAAAAGUUGUAUGUAAAGAGAUUUCUGCUUUGAGAUACCUACACACACAAACAAGAAAAAGAAUUUUCAGCGCUCAGCAAUUGCUUUCUUUAAGAAGCAAAUUAUAGGUACCUCAGCACCAAAUAUUUUAUGAAAUAUCUGAAUAAUAAAAAUAAACUACAAAUGAAUUUAGUAAAAAAUAAACUACAACUUUGAUCAGUUUUUGCCAAUUGCUUUCUUAGAGCAAAGGAGAGCCACAAAUUUUUGACAGCCACAAACAAGAAUACAGGUAUCUUUGAUUUCAGGCAUAUUCUGUUUCUUCUUAAAAUUUUUGCUUAAAAUUUGUAGCACUAAAUGUUGAACAUCCCUAAUGGAGUUACUAAGAGUUAAACACAGUCACUGUCAUGCUAACUGCUGCUUAAGGAUUCAGUGCUGACUCACUUGUGGGAACAGAAACCUCUGCAAGGAGUUUGCACAGAUUUGAUUACAGAGCUUAGACAAGGCACCUCAUCCAACCUGCAGGAACAAUUUGCUUCCCUGCAAUAAAACUGUCAAAAAAAAAUGCUUGCUCUAUUGUAAACUGGAGGCAGAAGAAUACUUUGAGGAACUAUUUCACUGUUUCCACUAACUUGAGAAUUCUAGGAACAAUAGAAAAAUCUUAGUGUGAGCUACAGACAAAGGAAAUACCAUAAAGCCAGAAUUCCUGACCCUGUGUUGGAGCAGUCUGUCUCUCAUGCUAUUACAGCUGUAUUUUGACUUAGGGUGCUGUUUUAUUGGCUUUGAACACACAGUAAAGUAAGCUGAAUGAUGUUAACAAAACUACAAAAGUAUGUAUUCCUGCCUAUGAAUAAGGUGUGAUUUGUUGUGGAAAUUUGAUUCACAUGGUGUUUACAGAACUACUUUUGUAACUUUCAGGCUUUCUAUGACAUUCUGCAUAAAAAUAUAUAAAAUACAAUUCCAUAGUCUCUGCUGUUGAAAUAGGUAAGCGAGUAGUGUCCUUUCUCGUCUGCUUUACACCUUGACUGCAUACCUACAUAAGGACACGUAGCAGGCUAUAUUUUAUACCAUGGUUAGUACCAGCCAUGUGGUAAAUCUGAGGUCCAUAUAAAGGCAGAGAUAAAAUUAUUCCUAUUCACAUUGAAGUGAUCUGCUUUGUUCAAAAGAAAUUGCAGCUAUUGUCUAACUUUGAUUUUUUUUACUAAGAACUUUACAUAGCCCCCUGUUACAAUGGGGUUGCUACUCAGUCUUUUUUUAAGGCUGAAUUUCAUCAUUUAUCUAAAGAGAAAAUAUGCAAAUAACUGGUCUUGUUAAGAGUGCAAUAUUAUAUUUUUAUGUAAAAAUAAAUGUUAAUUGGGGGACUAUUUAUUAAGCAUGGAAGUUAAUGUGUAUAUGUUUGAAACGCUUCAUAAUGUGCAUGUUGUAGCAAACAUUUCUGUAAAUUGUCACAAGUUCUGUUACCUUUGUAUACACUGCCACUUCAAUUUGGAAAUAAAUUUCAUAAAAAUAGA